GGAAAUGGACAAAAUGUUUCCUGUGCAAUAGUGUGGUAUUCAUCACAUGCAGAGGUGAGCUGUGAAUUGCUGCAAUGAGUUCCGACUCGGGGUCUCACGGGAGUGUGGUGAUAGGGGGAAUGCCAUCGGUGCAAAUGCACUCCAAAUGCUCCUGCUCAGGACACAGUCACUCACACGCCAUGGGUGGUGCAGUGACAACUCCUCAGUUGUCGAAGAAAGUGGUGAACAGUCACGAACUACGCAGCGACUUCAUUCGACAUCGCAGAGCCCAUGCCACUUCUCCCUUCGUGGCCAAUUUGUUAAUGGCGUUCUUCGCGGUGCUUUUGCUCACAGAUUUGGUAGCCUCAAUAUUCUACCUGCAUCCGAAUUUGUACAAAAAAGACUCCCAGUUCAACCACGGUCUUGUGUUUUGCUUCGCACUUUUGCAGUUGGCGAUGAACUGGUACAAGACGAGCUCGGUUGACAGCACAUACCAACUAGAGAGGUCCUCCGGGGCGUCAGUGGAGCAGAGGGGGAGGGAAUUGAGGAGUAACUGGACGUACUGUCUGGUGUGUGGACAGGAGAGGCCCCCCAGAUGCACGCACUGUUUCCAUUGCAACAAGUGUGUCCUCAAAAGAGACCACCACUGUCUCCUCUUCUCAUCCUGCAUUGCACACUACAACAUGCGGUACUUCUGCAUCUUCACGUUCUACCUGUUGUAUGUGUGCAUGAUAAUCACCAUCCAGACCUAUGACGUCAUCGCCGAGUUCCACUUGUAUGCGAUCUACGAGAUGAGUCCGAACACGUGGUACAUGCUGGUGCUCUGUGUGCCACUCUGGUGUGUGGGACUACUUUUCUACGGUCACUGGGUCGCUUUCACCCUCAUCGUGCUGCUGCAGUUCAACUUUGUCCUCCUCCUAGUUGCAAUAUUCUAUACUGGUUGGCUAAUCAACCUAGUCUUGGAAGGGCAGACAUCGUACGAGGCACUUCACGAUGUGCGAAGGUACUCGGGAGGAUGGCGUGCCAAUAUUCGACAGGUGUUCGGAACAGUCUGUCCUGUGGUGUACUUGAUCAUCCCAAUCAACCUGACUCUGCCCUCGAAUGGAUUAUACUGGGAACAAAACAUGGGCGAUGUCAGCACCAUCUGAGUUGAAUCUGAACUGGAAAACGUUUCUAAACCUAAAAGAUUUUGGGUCUUUUUAUUUUUCGCCACAAAGUACUUUUAACAUGGCCGCUGAAGUAGUGAAGUAGGUUAUAUUGCUAAUUUGGCAAUACAUUUCAAUUAUAGUGAUCAGAUGCAAGUAUUUUUUGUUUUCAUACUACAAAUUUUGGCUGAAAAACUAAAAAGACCCGAUACUUUCUCUAUCCGUCGGUAAAACUAACUCAAUCAAAUGUCAAGAUUGCCCGGGUCAAUUUUAUGAGUUCCAGAUUUCGUAGUCCAAAACAAAUAGCUGAUGCAUUAGGGAAAACUCCUCUGUAUCUUUAUUUUGGUGCAGCUAUAGCUAAACCAGCAUGUUUGUUGACCCAAUGCACCGUGGCGAGCGGGGCCGUUGCCCGGCGAAUAUUUUUUAUGAAGUGUUCAUGGUCGAGUGGAUAAGAGGCCCGAAUAUUGGUACGAGGGUCAUGGGUUUGAAUCCCACUUCGGUUCCCGUCGAAGGGUUUUCAGCUUGAUCCGCCUCCUCGAGGUGAAUUGAACGUUUUAGCUCACACUUUCCUCUCAUACUUUCUAAUAACUUUCCGAUCAGUUUGUAGCCCCUAACACGCCGUGACGAAUGGAAAGUUUCACAAUUUACUAAAGGGUAGAUUUCUUUUCAAGUCCCAAUUUUUCUCAUGUUCCAACCGUCACCAUGGAUUUUGCCAGAUUUCUGUGGAUUUUAAUAGAUUAUAGUGGA